AUGGAUCCUCCCAAAGAACAUCAUCGGCGAAGGCGCCACCUUAAGCAGGAGCUCGCAGAGAUGAAGCAACACCACACUACUACUCCGCAUGUGAUGCCCAAAGCCACACAGAAGUUUGAGCAGCCUGGCAUCUCAGGAAGCAUCCUUCAUCAAGUUGGAGAUGCUCCAGUCAAAACGCCAGAUGAUGAUCGCAAACAAGCGAACGAGUCGUUGAUCAAGGUCGAGAAGCAUGACCCUGAUUUGAUACCUGGUCUUGAAGACCAGAAGGCAGCUAUUGGUGACAAUCAGAAACCAUCCUCCAAGGAUAUUGAUAUGCCCUUGGCACCCAAGAUCGACCCAACUGAGCCAUCAAUUAUGGUUAAGAAGCCCGAUCCUGAUCUGGCAGCUGGUCUUGAAGAUCAGAAGGCGGCUACUGAACCCAAUCAGAAACAAUCCCUCGAAGAUAUUGAGAUGCCCUGGGCCCCUGAUAUUGACCUAGUUGAGCCAUCGACCAAGGUUGAAAAGGCUGAUCGUGAUUUGGCAGCUAGCAUUAGGGAACAGAAUGCCGCUACUGGUGGCAAACGAAAUCCAUCUUGCGAAGAUGUUGAGAAGCCAUUGGAGGCUCCCAAAAUCGACGCAAAUAAGUCGAUGGCCAAUUCUAACCACACUGACUCUAAGCGCAGUUUCACCCCCUUCGAUUCCAAAGAUCUUUUAGAAGAGACACGUACUCCGAGCUCCGUUAAGUUUUCAGAUACAACGCCACAAGAUCAGCUCUGCGUCGUGUGUUUCAAGAAAUGGGGAAUGCCACUGAAGCCCGGUGAAAGGCUACUGGACUGUCAAAUUACCCGUGGAAAUGCAACUCGUUGUGGCCAGUGUGUCCGGCAACAUGGAACAUGCGUACUACUCCCAUCUAAUCUGACAAGAGACCUGCUACAACUGAAGCAUGAGAUGAACAAUGCUUUGGAUUUGGGGGAUGCUACCGAAGAAAAGAAACGAUUCUACGAUGCGUACCAGAAUGUUUCCGUGGAAGUUUCACAAUUGGACCGGGAGAAGGCAGAUAGAACCAGGUCGAGAAAACGAGAAUACAAGAGGAAGAACGCAGAGAACAUCAAGGUACACGAUCGAGAAUACCGGAGGAAGAAUGCAGAUAGAAUCAGGUCGAGAAACCGAGAAUACUAUAUGAAGAACGCAGAGAAUUACAAGUCAUACCGACGAGAAUACCAGAGGAAGAACGCAGAGAAGAUCAAGUCACACCGACGAGAAUACCGGAGGAAGAACGCAGAGAAGAUCAAGUCAUACCGACGAGAAUACUAUCGAGAAUACCAACAGAAGAACGCAGAUAGGAUCAGGUCGAGAAACCGAGAAUACUAUCUGAAGAACGCAGAGAAGCUCAAGUCAUACCAACGAGAACACCGGAGGAAGAACGCAGAGAAGAUCAAGUUGAGAAAACGAGAACGGAGGGGUGAAAUGAAAGACAGUCGGUCAGUACAAAAAUUAGAGGGCGAGUCCAAGCAAGAAGGCCGGGUCAAGCAAGAGGGUCGGGUCAAGCAAGAGGGCCGGGUCAAGCAAGAGGGCCGGGUCAAGCAAGAGGGCCGAGUCAAGCAAGAGGGUUAG